AGCAUUUCGAAGCAGCAUUUUCGAGAACAGAAACCGUUAGCUGUAGUGUGACAGCGUCGUCAGGGUUUGAGAGAUGGCAGGUCUAGCACAGAGCGAGUCUAGCACCAGAGUUCUGGGAGACCCUGUGGGGUCUGAGGGCAGGUCCCCUGAUGAGGUCUUGCUCUACAACUCUUUGCAAGUCGGCCAUGAAGUCUACCAAGUGGGAGACUCGGUUUUAUUGAGGUCUUGCCGUUCAGAGCAUGAUGUCGUCGUCAUUCGUCAAAUCAGGGUCACCCCUGAUGGUGGUCUCGAGGUGAAAGGACAAUGGCUUUACCGAGAGCAACACCUUCCCAUCUUACAAGAUCUUCCAAGAGCUUCGGUUGAAGCCAGAGCAGCUACAGACGAGCUUUUCGGAAACAGCAGAAGGAUACAUCUGCUGUCAGAUCCGCGCCGUCUGUUUUACUCCUUCCACUAUGAGUCUUUCGUUCCCGAGACAAUAGUGCGGAAGUGCAACGUCGUUGUCAUGCCGCCGUCCAAAGCUCUGCCGUCAACAAGUGAGCUUUCGGAUUUUGUGGUAUCGCAUGUCUAUGAUGUCCAAGGUCACCGUCUUCUGACUGUGACGGACAAGUCCCUUCCCAGGGAACAUCAUGACGAGCUUGCGACGGCGCUUUCUCGAUCUAAGGAGACGUGGGAGCCGCUUGUGGAGCAUGCACCCACAGAGCUUCAAGAGAGCAAUAAGGUCAACCUUGUGUGUUCAAGUUCAGACAAGCGCUCUGGAAAGUAUUCCGAGCUAAGUUGGAAUGUGCCCGGGUCCAAGCGUCGCAAGCUGUCGAGUGAAGGCAAGUGUUUGGCGAUUGGAGGCGGUCUCAUCAGAUGCGACCAAGCUGCGAAACAGAGCGAGGCGGACGAGAACGUUUCUGCCUUAGUGGGCUGUCCUGAUGGUGACUGCUCAUAUUGUAGUGGAAGAAGUGGGUGUCCAGAGUGGGAGCAAGGAGCGGCUCCGUGGACUUCGGAACUGCCUUUGUGCCCUGUUGAAGCUCCUGAAGAUCAUUCUUCCGUCAGCGGUGGAUGCUGCAAGCCUUCUCUCCCAGUCCCCUCGGUUACGGAUCACCUAUCCCAUGUGGACACUUACUUGGAAGUGUGCGACAAGGCGGACGUUGGUUGCAGUAUAACGGCAAGCACUGUUGACGCUCGUAGUGCUGCGAUUGGACUUGAAGAUCCCGAGGCUUUUCCAGAGGCAGUCGAGGUUCAUGAUUUUGAUGAGCAGUUGGUGGAGCAGUCGACUUCUCCAAUCGAUUUGCCACAUUCGGAGAAAUGUAUUGCUUAUCAUGAGGAGGCCUUGGUGGAGCUCCUCUGCCCCAACUGCGGUGUCUGUGGGACUGUUCCCAACACUUCGUCGGAGAAUGCUCAUGAAGUUGAAGAGCACAAGCUGGAGUGUACAACCUGUGGGCACUCGUGGGUUUCGCUCCUCCAUUCAGGGGACGUUGCGGAUGUUGGCCCUGAAGACAUAGGCUUUUCUGGCCUGGAAUGUCAGGAGGAGAGUAACGGGGCUGUCGGAACUGAAAGCGAUGCAGAUGACGAAAAUGACCCCCUUCUUUUCAUCAAACGGCUGCCCCUGCUCACUUACGCGAUUCCGGAAAAUCGCCCCAACAUCUUACCUCCGCGAGCAGAAGAUGCGCCACCUGUUACACUGGUCCUAGAUCUUGAUGAAACACUGGUGCAUUCAACAAUGGACUUCUGCCCGUUUUCUGACUUCAACUUCCCAGUCUUGCUGAACAGCCAUACGCACAUGGUUCAUGUCCGUAAGCGCCCCCACGUGGAAGCGUUUCUCCAGAGGGUAGCUGAGCUGUUCGAGGUUGUGGUCUUCACAGCCAGCCAAAGCAUCUAUGCAGAUAAACUUCUUGACAUAAUAGAUCCGAAGACGCAGGUGGUUCGACACAGGAUCUUCAGGGAGUCCUGUGUCUACAUUGAAGGGAACUACGUGAAGGACCUGUCUGUUCUUGGCCGUGACCUUUCAAAAGUGGUCAUUGUUGACAACUCACCUCAGGCUUUUGGAUUGCAGGUGGACAAUGGUGUUCCCAUUGAGGCAUGGUUUGAUGAUGAUAAGGACUGCGAGCUGCAGUUGCUUCUUCCAUUUUUGGAGACCCUGGCGAGGGCGGAUGAUGUGAGACCUCACAUUAUCGAGAAAUUCAAGCUUCAGGAGAGACUAAACAGGAUUCCUAUCUGACGCUCAAGCUGCAGUGCUGACCUUCCUAACCCCCCCAACAUUGUUGACCCCUCGAUGUUGUGCCGGGCAAGUGCACAGUACUAACAGCUAAUCUAGUUUAGUAUAUCUUAUUAGCUGCAUAUAUCAUUAUAAUAUGCUUAUGGGUUUUUUUAUAAGAACUGAUCAGAUGUCAGCUAAUCUAUCCUCUAGUUUUGAGCCAGUGUACUUUACCAGCUUGUCCCAUUCAGC